AAGAAGCUCACAUUUCGAAGAAGCUCACACCACGAGAAAGCUCACACAUUCAGGAGUUUACAUCCGGAAAGCUCACACAUCGAGUACGCUCGCAUUUCGAGAAACUCACAUACGGAAUAAUCCCACGCGUUGAAGAAGCUCACAAACCGAACAAGUCCACAAGUCAAAAGAGCUCACGCAUCGACAAGUCCACGCGUAAACCAAGCUCACACGCCAAGCAACCUCACCAAUGGACAAGCUCUCACAACAAUGCCCACAAGAGCCCGAGAUGGUGUGGCCGCCUUUAAAUGUCACCAUGUUGAAAAAUGGGUUUUGGAUGCUGCCAGAGCUGCCAGAGCUGCCAGUGUUGCCAGUGUUGCCAGUGAUUAACUUACAUGACCUCUUCCCUGAACUUCCGGCCGAUGUUUUUUCACAGGCUACAACGCCUGCUGAGCCCGUUAUGGCGAACGGAUUUGGGCCGCAACCAAUGCCGACUCAAACAUUCGCGGGCCGCGUCACUAAGCGAAGUACCUCGACUCGACCGAUCUCCGCCGACAAACCUCACAAUAAGCUGCAUGCGAGGGUCAUCGACCACCAUCACAACGUACCCCAGCGUUGCCGCGCGAAGACCAUCAACCGCGACCCGAAGAAAAAUACCACUCCGGUUGAGCCACGUCAACCAGUACUGCAGUACCCUCCCCCAAACAUGACCAUGGUCAAUCGUGGCCCGGGGUUGCCGUUGUACCCUCGAAUCGAGCCACCACAGCAGCACGUUGCGCAGUACCCUCCUCCGAAUGUGACCAUGAUCAACAUGGGCCCGGGGAAGAUGAGAUUUGUUACAAAUCAAGCUCCGGGAUUGUCCGCUGCUGCUCAAGCGGAUCUGGACCGACGAAGCAAGCAGCAUUCGGUUUUGAUGGCAGCUGUCAAUGGACCUCUGUUGCCUGCGAUGUCGCUGGAACCAGCUGGAGUUGGGCAAUUCUCGUCGGCCGGAUUUGUGGCCGUUCCCGAGAUGUACCCAGAUCACACCUCGUGGAUGUGAGACAUAUGUACUGUAUGAUGGACUUGAUGUACAAAAAUUUGAAUGUCACGCUGAAUGCUUUUCAAUGGCGGGUGUUAAAGUUUCGCGGCAAUGUGGAUACCCUGUAGUCCUCCGCCUCAGGUGACGUGCUAUCACUGUCGUCAGCCGGAGUACACAUGGUCACCGGUGUAGGUGUACAAAUGAAAAGUGUUGUAAUCAGGAAGCUACCGACCAUACUAGGUACAUAUUUACUGUACGUAGUCAGGCACUGUGUACCUAGGGUUGGUGCAGAAGGAUAACGCAGAAGGUGACCGCCCAGGGUCCCGCAGAAGCGGAUGCGGCCACGGGUGCUCCCGCAAUGAAUUGUCGAUUACCUCCGCUGCAUCUUCA